CAGGGGAAGAAGCUAUUUCAGACUUAACUAAGGAAUCAUCUAACAUGUUUCAACAAUCCCUACUCUUUCUCUGUUUGUUUUAAAGAUAUCACUGUGAUUUUAUUCCAUUUGCAACUGGAGACUAAAUGACACCAAGCAGAAUCUGCUGUUAGGUUAGAUUCCAAGGAUACUCUGAAAUAUGCAGGCUACAUCCUUACUCUACUGUUUCCUUCUUGUCUCUCUUUGCACUGAUUUUUCUCAAAAUGAAGCCAGUGCACCUCUCAGGAGGCAGAGGAGAAGAAUGCGCUACCGAGGAGUGAGGGGGAACUCCUCAGCAGGGCACAGGACCCCAAGAGAGCCAAGGAUGAAGCUUCCAGCUCCUGUUGCUGUGCUGCCCAGCAUACCUCUUAUUAAUACUGAUGACAGUAUGAUGGGAGUAUUUGACUCUCUGAUAGGUUUGGGUGGACAUGAAUCCAGUUACAGUGUCUUACCAGGAAAGAAGGGGCAUUGCACAGCUAAUGGGAUGAUUAUGUAUGACAAAGCUGUUUGGUCUCCCAAGCCCUGUGUUACUUGUCUCUGUUCAAAAGGAGAAGUGAUAUGUGAUACAACCAUGUGCCACCCUCUGAAAUGUCCCAAAACUAGAAUACCUGAAGGAGAAUGCUGCCCGGUUUGUUCUGAUACUGCCUCCUCCUUAGAUUCAAGUAUUAUUUCACUGGAUGACAUAAGCGAGUUGUCUGGUGAUUCUCCAGAACCCAAAGACCUUGACAUCAUCAAUGUAUUGUCACCACCAACUAUUGGAAAAGAUGAAAAGCUUGAACCAGAAGUCAUAGAGAUUAAAGACAAAGCAGGUCGCAAAAAAGAUAAGAGAAGAAGAAGGAAAGGCAAAAAAAAUCGACGGAAGUCUAAAGGCUAUCACAGAGAAAAGAAGACUAUCACAAGAAAGGAUGCUGCUGAAGAAGAAAUACAAGAUGAAAGUGAUGAAGACAAUGAGACUUCCAGAAUGCCACCUCAUGUCCCAAUUCCUGUUCCACCCAUAGAAGCUCCUCCUUUGCCGUCUGGAUGUUCCACCUCAGACACCACAAUAAGCUGCAUUAAUGCCAAACUUAGACAAAUCCCACCAAUCUCAGACCCAGAUCUAACAAGUCUAGACCUUACAGGAAAUAGCAUCACUGCUAUCUCAGAUGAUGCAUUCAAUGGGAUCCCUAAUUUGGAGUGGAUUGACCUAAGUAAAAAUAAUAUUACCUCUCCUGGCAUAGGUCCAAAAGCAUUCAAAAUCCUGAAAAAGCUGAAACGUUUGUAUUUGGAUGGAAAUAUGCUGGUACAUAUUCCCUCUGGACUGCCAUCAACUUUGGAAGAAAUAAAAAUAAAUGACAACCACCUUCAUGCCAUUGAUGAAGAUGGCUUACAAGGUUUAAAGAACUUGGUCACCCUGGAAUUAGAAGGAAAUAAACUUAGUGAAGCAAAUGUCAGUCCUUUGGCCUUUUAUCCUUUGAAGAGUCUCUCUUAUUUGCGACUGGGAAGAAAUAAAUUUCGGAUUAUCCCACAAGGUCUCCCUGCCACUCUUGAGGAGCUAUACCUUGAAAAUAAUCAAAUCGAAGAAGUCUCAGAAAUUUGCUUUAACCAUACAAAACACAUAAAUGUCAUUGUGCUAAAGCAUAACAAAUUAGAAGAGCACAGAAUAGCACCUUUGGCUUGGAUAAACCAAGAGAACUUGGAAUCAAUUGAUCUCUCUUACAAUAAAUUAUAUCAUGUUCCCUCCUAUUUGCCAAAAUCUUUACUACAUCUGAUACUUAUAGGAAAUCAGAUUGAAAGAAUUCCCGGAUAUGUCUUUGGUCACAUGAAGCCAGGGCUGGAGUAUCUCUACCUGUCCUAUAACAAACUUACUGAUGAUGGAAUAGAUCCAGUAUCAUUUUUUGGAGCAUACCACUCUCUGAGAGAGUUGUUUUUGGAUCACAAUGAAUUAAAGUCUGUACCAUUUGGAAUUGAUGAGAUGCAAAAACUGCGCUACCUAAGAUUGAACAAUAAUAAAAUAAGGACUGUCCCUCCGGAACGCAUCUGCAGGACUCAUACAAAUGGUGAUGACGUUCAUGAGAAAAGUGAAGAGGAGGAGAAUGAAGAGUCACUUUUGGAACAUGUUCAUCUUGAAAACAACUAUAUCAACACAAGACAGCUAUCACCACAUGUAUUUCCAUGCAUAAGAUCCUAUUGCAGUAUUGUUCUCAAACCGCAGAUGAUCAAAUGAACACCCAACUUUUGUAUUGCAACCCCUAUUCUCUAGAAACACAGCUUUAUUUAUUCUCUGCUUCUAUCCAGUCUGCUUAUUUCUGAUUUAAGCCCUUCUUACUACUGUAAGACACAUCAUAUUAUCUACUGAACUAAGGUAGCAGUGUAUUUCUCAAGAUAGAUUCAUUAUAAAAAUAUUAGAUGUAAAAAUAGAAGCUCAAGAUUAUGUAACAUUAUUUCUACUGAGAUAAAUUCUACACAAUAGAUCCCAGACAGACACUCCACAAGAUCAGGUUUUAGAAAAGAAUCUAACUAAACCCCAAUUUGGGCUUGUCUUAUUUGAUUAACUGAAUUUAAAGCAUGUUAAAUGGUGCCACCAGCUUUAAAAUUAUGGCAAAUGAAAGUCCUUGAGCUAUGAACAUUCUAUCAGUGCAAGAAUUCAAAUAUCUCUCAUAUUUAUGGAAAUCUACAGUCCUUUCUUUCUGGUAGAAAUUGAUUACAGGCCACUGGUAAGUCAUGAUUCUUCAAGCAAUUACUUUUCACUUUCUCCUAGGCUAUUCUGUAAGGCAUAAAAAAAAAAAGUGCACUGUUUUCUUUAGUACCCUUUGUAUGCUGCCUAAUAGUUUCUUCCUCAGGAUGGAUUGGAACAGCAGGUGAAAUGGGAUUAAAAAGAAAAAGGAUUAAAGAGCCUGUAGGAGCUGUAAGCAAAUAAAACCUUCCAAUGACACACAUUAACUACCAAACUGUAAUUUUAUUGCCCUUAUUCCACAGGUGAGGGUUUCACCAUUUUCCACACACCCCAAACUACUGCCAACAGCCACACUAUCUAACCAGCAUAAGCAGCAUACUGUUCACACAGCGUUUAACAGUGAAGGAGCUUUUUUUUUUAGCAUAUUGUAAACAGCAUAUACGAACAGCUGAGGUUUUGUUUUCUCUGAAGCUAUAAAGAAAAUAAAUAAAUAAAACCACAUUGUUUUAUCUCGAAGUUCUCUCUUCCUCAAACAAACUAUUGCUUGGAAGGGACAAUGAUACUUCUGUGAGU